AUGAUGGACCCCGAGAGACAAGUUUAUGGGACAGCAGCACUUAGGCCUCAGACUUGGGAGGUGUCUGAUCGGGAUCAGCAGGUGUGGAUCCUUCAGGGAGAGACCCUGGUGAUGGUUCCACGGAGCAGCAAUGUGACUCCGGCCACUGUCACCAUUCUCCCAUGCAAGUACCCUGAGUCCUUCGAGCAGGGCCGAGGGGUUCCCAUCUACUUGGGCACCCAGGAUCCAGACAUGUGUCUGUUUUGUGAGGAGAUGGACGGAUGGCCCAGGCUGUGGCUGAAGGAGCAGAAUAUCUUGGAUCUGUACAACCAGGUGGGGCCCGUGAGACCCUUCCUUUUUUACCACUCCCGGGAUGGGAAUACCUCCACCUUCGAGUCCGUGGCCUUCCCAGGCUGGCUCAUCGUCUCCUCCCAGGUUGGCCAGCCCAUCUUCCUCACUUCCGACCUGGGGACAACCAACAACAUUAACUUCUAUUUGAAUUUAAAGGCUUGA